CUUUGAUCGUUCUCACCUUCUUUGGAUUCGUAAGUAGCUGAAAAUUUUUUAUGUUCUUUUUGGAUCCUUUGGUAAAUUUUCAGAAUUGGUUUGGAAUAAUUUAACCCAAAAUUGAGUAAUACAGGUAUAUUGCAAGAUUUUGUGCUAAAAUUCGAUUAUCUCAAAAAGCUUGUGAGAAAUAUAAAAAUUUCAAAUACGAAGAUAUAAUGAGUGUUGAAAAGAUAUCGGUUGAUUACAACAAAGUAACUAAUGUUGAAGUUGAAGAUGAGUAUGAUACAUCAACAUGGGAAGAAAUUCAGACAAAUGAUGAUCAAGAUCUAAAUACCUCAACUAUUGCAAAAAUUGAUGAUGAAAUUAUGGUUUCUUUAGAAAUAUUCACUAGCAGUAGAUUUUACUCUUUCUGCAAAGAAAGAAGUAUAGUGAAUGCUCUAACUGUUGGAGAAGAGGGUAUUCUCGAAGUUCAGACAAAAAUAAAGAAUAAUACAUAUGGUAUUACAUUAUUGCCUAAUAGUGCAGAACUUGAUUAUGAAAAAUUAGUAGUCAAUUUGCCUAGGAUGUGCUCGCAAAUAGCAAAAUGUUCAGAUCAUAGGUUUAGACCAAAUGUAGGAGAUUUAAUAUGUGGUCAAAGAGCUGACGGAGAUUGGCUUAGGGGAUUUGUUGUAUCUAACCAAUCACCCAUAAGAUUGGCUAUGGUAGAGGAAGCAAAAAUAAUGCCAAUUAAUAAGACUACUACAUGCGAUAAACUCUUUUCAGAUAUUUAUGCAUUUGGUGCAAUUUGUGAAGUGACUGAUGCUAAACAUAAAUUUAAUGAAGGUGAUAUGUGUGAAUUUGAAGUAAUAGAUAAUAAGGAACAAGGCGGAUUUGAAAUAUUAAUUCUUAAAAAUGAGACGGAUUACUAUGCGGAGGUAGAAGCUACUGUAAAGCCUUGGAUACCAAUGCCUGAUCAAAUAGGAAUGCAGGAUGCUGAAUUGAAAAAUGAAUCUGAGGUAUGCCUUAUUUCUUAUCGAAGUCAUAUACAUCUAUGUGUUCGUCCCUUAGAUUCUGCAGGUUUGGAACACUAUAACCAUGUUAUGCAAAAUGUUGCAAAAUGCGCUCAAACAUCUCCAUUUUUAAAAGAACUGCCAGUUGUGGGGCAAAUGGUAAUAGCUCAGUUUGCUGACGAAAAUUAUUAUCGUGCAAUUGUUACUAAGAUACAAGAUGAUAAAAUUACAGUUUCAUGUGGUGAUCUUGGUAUUACAAAAGUUACAGAUAUAAAGAAACUUAAAUAUUUAUCUGAUAAUUUGAAGGAGCUCCGAUCUUGUACAACAAAUGUCGUACUAAGAGAUGUUCCUAAAAAUGUCCCUCUGACGAAAGAAGUGAAUGAAUAUCUAACACACAUAAUAAGAAUUAAAGAUCCUCUGUUAUGUACAUUUGAUGGUAUGCCUUCCAAAGAUGGAGUAUAUCUGAAAUUUCGCGAUGGAGAAAGCAUUAAUAAAAUGAUAAGUAAAUUACUCCUGCCGAUAUGUUAGAAUGCUGCUGAAUGAAUAGAAAAAUGAAUCUCAGAAUUAGUUGCUCCUGUUAGUUGUAUUAAAAUAAGAAUUAUUAAACAUGUGCUUGAAAUUGUAUAAUGUGGAAUUACCAUUGGUUAAAGCCAACUUAAUUGAAGAUGGUUUAAUAUCAGCUUGAAAAGAAAAUAUGCAUUAUAAAAGAGAAGAACCUCUUAGUUAUAAUAUUUGAAGCUAAAGUUAAAAUAUUUUGAGUUAAAAUAGUUCAAACAUGAUUUUUUUCUUGAAAGUAUUUUAAUAUUUUUUAGAAGAUAUUCCACACUUUGAUAUUAUUGUAUCUUCUGUUAUUUAACAGUUCAAAAAUUUGAUAUCUUAAAUUAUAAAUUGCAAUGUGUCAUGAGUUAAAAUAGUUCAAACAUGAUUUUUUUCUUGAAAGUAUUUUAAUAUUUUUUAGAAGAUAUUCCACACUUUGAUAUUGUAUCUUCUGUUAUUUAACAGUUCAUAAAUUUGAUAUCUUAAAUUAUAAAUUGCAAUGUGUCACUCAAUGACUAUGUAAGAUUAGGACUUUUUGAACACUCUUUUUAUAUUUACUUUUGUCAAUAUUAUGUUUUAUUUCUGUGAAUCUCUAUAUUCAACAUACUUUUUGCGAGACUUGUAUUUUUUGUACAAUUUAUAAUAAAUAUGAAGUGAAAAUAAA